AUAUAUGAAUGAAUGGCCAUGGUUUCAUCAUUACAAAGAAACAGAAAGAGAUAAAGAAUAAAGGAUUGCAAUUCAAUUGUUACAGUAACUUGUUCAUCAUCAACCAACCAUGGCACUCGCUCAAGCUCAAUCAUCUGCUUCUCUUUCUGUCUCUCUUCGCGAUGCACGUGUUUUCACCACAAGAAACAACUACUAUGCAGCCUCUGCUCAAUUUCCUAAACCCACUUUGGCAUCUUUUCAAGCAUCCUUCGCCACUGGUUCUUCCCUAAUGAUUCGGAGAAGUCGUGACAGGAAGGCUGUAUGCAAAGCAAUGCCGGUUUCGAUAAGAUGUGAACAAAACACCAAUGACGGGAACGGUUUGGAUGUAUGGCUAGGGCGGGUUGCCAUGGUUGGUUUUGCUACUGCCAUUACUGUUGAAAUUACAAGUGGAAAAGGACUCCUAGAGAACUUUGGACUCACAAGUCCACUACCUACAGUUGCAUUGGCCGUAACAGCACUGGUGGGUGUCUUGACGGCAGUUUUCAUCUUCCAGUCAGCCUCAGAGAACUGAUUACAUAUUCAGGCUGGUUGUGUUUGUUGUAAAUUCUGUAGUUUCAAACGGAGUUCCAUUUUUCAAGUAACAUAUUUAACACUGUUUUGUUGUAAUAUUAAUAUUCUUGGUGAAAAGAAAUGACAUCAUUAAUGAAA